ACAUUAGUCAAUGGGCUUUUUACUUCAAACAGACAUGUUAAACGUACAUAAAAAAACAGAUUUAAAAAUAUAUAAACAAACUAAGAAAUAUGGGAGGUCGAGUAUUUGGAAAAAAAGCUAUGACGGUGACUAUGCGGUCUACCGUUUACUGGUUGUAAGAUGUGGAACCUUUGUUAGCGCGGAACGGUUUAGCUACAACCACAUUUACAGUAACACCACAACCACAGCAUCCACGAUGGCGGCGCCCGUAAUUGAAACAUGUCAUGUAGCUUGUUCUGCAAACAGGACACCAAACGUUGUGUCCUGGAGUCGUGGUGGGACCUUAGCUUUUGGGACAUGUAACUCGGUGGCUCUCUAUGACCCUCAGGUAGUGUCAUGUCUUUAUUUCCCUCUGUAAAGUCAGCUGAGGUGUUGUCGGUUGUCACAACUGACGUUAGCCGAGCAUCUCAUCUUUAAAACUAGACUUAAAAUUAGUUUGUUGACAUAAUAUUUUAAUGUACUGUUAUUGUAGGAGAGAAGAGUUGUGGAUUUGCUGAAUGGACACAAAGGCAGAGUGAAUACAGUGAAGUGGGUCCACAGAGAGGACUGUGGUAAGUGAGGAGAGUGAUAAAGCUGUUACAAGUGAAGUUGAUAUGUUAAUGACUUAAAUCUAUCAGCGUGGAAACAUGAGGUUUUUUAAGUGAUGUAACUUAUUACACUGAUAUUGGGUAAUACAGAUAAUUUAAUAUGCUUUCUCUGAAAAGUAAACCUGUCAGAUGCAACGUACCCAUUCAGCCACCUUAUUUUUCAACAAUCAAGAGAGAAUAAGAGCUACUGUAUGAAUGAAGAUUAGAAUGAGUGUUAUGUAAAUGUAAUAUCUUUAAGUACAUGUCUAAGUUCAAAAUGAAAAUGGAAAAGAAGAUAAGGACCCCAGGAAGAGCAGUUACUGCAUAUUUUGUUGUAACUGGUGGUGGAUCCAAAAUAAAACAAAACAAAACAAAACAAAAAUAAAACCUUCAUAUAUGUUUACUGUUGUUACAUUAUUUUCAUUAAUAAUGCUACUUACAGUUUGCUGUUCAGAGCCUUCACAGAAAUCCUUUAAAGAUGGAACAGCCACAGAUUUUAGUCACGGUUUUGACACAAACCCAGCUCGUCCUUGUCUUUGUUUACAAAAGAGCCAUCAGCUGUGUCGUGGCACCAAGGUUUAGUAUGAUCAUCUAUAAUAGUAACAUUAUAUACAUGUAUUAGAGCAAGAUUCAGGUCUCCUUUAUAGAACAGUAUUCACUCGUCUGUUUACUUAAAAUGAUGAUUUAAAGCUUAACAGAGGCAAAACUUAUGACAGAGCUGUUGUAUUGGGUCGCAUUAGUUGAGCUAACUAAUACAAUCCAAUACAACUCAAGUGUUCAUCAUGUUAUGGUUGCUUUGUAAUUGCAUAUCAGUCCUCUGAACCCUUCAAGCUCUUAAUGAAAUAUUCAUGCUAUUGCCAACAUUUAUCAGCAUCCUAAACAUCAAAUAGAUGUUAUUAUUGAGCAUCAUAUCCAGCUGCUGUUGUCACUGAGGCUCCAAAUACAGGAGAAACCACUUUAGACAAACCUGCACAAGCCAGAGAACCACACAGUUCACCUUGAUCAAAAUGUGUUUAUGCUGCAGCUGUGGAGCAUCAUCUUGUCUCAGGAGCGUCAGACAAUCAGAUCAUCGUCUGGGAGGCGCAGAAUGGAAAGGUUAGCUGCCUGUGUCACCAGUCAGUCUCUUAUCUCUCAGUAUUUCUCUCCUGAUCUUCUAAAAUAUGGUUUCAUGUUUUUAGUUCACACAGACAGUUCAGUGUAAGGGCCAUACUGGUCCAGUCUGUGCUGUGGAUGCCGUGUACGUGGAUGACACAAAGAUCCUGGUGGCCUCCGCGGCAUCUGAUUCUACUGUCAAACUGUGGCUGUGCAGUGACACCAAAGAAGGUAAGAGAGUCACUUACAAACACACACAGGAAUCAGGCAAAUGCUUUAAAUUUUAUCAUUUAGAUUUUUUCAUUUUAGUGGUACAAAGAGACAAAUAUUUGCAGUGUUCCUGAAAAAUAAAGGUGUAGAAUGUAAGAAUCAGAAACUGUUGGAGCUCAUAUAAGGUUAUUGUCGUAGCUCUGAAAAUAAUAGCUGUGAAGAGUCCUCUUUGUUCCUUCAGAUUUCAGAUAGAUAUUUUCAGUAUAGGAUCAGAGAACUCUUGUCUAUCUCCCACAGUACACUAAAUUUUUUCAGUGUGUUAAACUCUCCCCAAAAAGAAUAACACAGCUCUAUUUUUUUUUAACAGUGAAGCAUCUUUUUCCUAAGUAUGUAAGAAUAACCGCCCCCUAGUGGCAGCUCAAGGGUGUUGCAGGGUUUAAUUGCUUUAACUCUGCAGCACUGCUUCAAACCUCUUUUAGUUGUAUCCUAUCAGUCAAAAUAAUGGCUGUGUUUUACAGACAGCUGAAUUGUAUUUAAUUAGAUGAAAAACACCUUUAACAUGUUUGACAAAACUGUCUUUUAGUUUUUGAAACAAGUGAAAUACUCAGAGAUGGCAGUCCAUAAUCUCCUCCUGUCAGAAUAAGAAAUACUAAUUUGUAAAUGUAAUUUCUUUUAAUCCCCUCGUUCAAUUUAAUAACAAUGUUUUUCCUAUCCCCUUUUAUUUUGAAAGUUGUGAUAAAAACAGCUUCACUUUGAGGAACAUUUCUGUCCACAUGUCAGAACAGAUGAACACUAAUGCUACUCGACAGUUUCGGAAAGUAUAUGUGAGUGUGUGCAGCUUUAGGGUGUACUCUGAGACUCAAAUAAAAUCAGUUAUUUUGGUGCCUCUGUGCAGAUUGUGGCAGCUUAAAGACUUGCACAAACUGGAGGCUGAUAAAACUAAAGCAAAGAAAUCACAGGAUCAGUUAGCAGAAGAAUAGACAUGAUGCAACUGAGUUCACACAAAAACCAAAGUCAUAUCAAAAGUUGCACAUUUUUUUAGAUUGUGUGUCUGUAUUAAUGUAACCUCAAGGUUUAAUAUGCAUGUGUGUUCCUUAGCCGACUGCAGCCAUACCUUGUCAUUUGGCAGCUGCUUCAUGAUGGAUGUGUCCCUGGCACUGUUGCCAGGCAGCAGAGGUAAGCCUGAGCUGUUCCUACAUAGAUGUCAUUUAAGUUGUGAGCCACACCACCUGCACACACAGAUAUCAUCCCAUUUCAUGUCAUCCAUCUUCAUUUCCACCACGGCCUCAGAGCGUGUAAGCUAAUGUGUUCCUCAGAAUAUGUCCUGUAUGUUUGAAGCGUCCCAUGUCAUUUCUGUCUUUGAGGAUUACAGUCCCUUUGUCUGUUUGAUGCUGUUAUUCAUCCUGCUUUUUCAUACUGCCAUGUGUGCAUGCAUAUAUCACCAUGUGAUGAAGUGACUUGUGUUUCUUGCAGUUCCCAUACUGGCCUGCAGUGGCGAUGACUCUCGGGUGCAUCUGUAUGUGCAGUCCAGUGGACAGGUGAGCUUAGAUCUAUUAUCUCUCAGUUGCAGCUCACUCUCACUCAUGUGUUCAAUGACUUUGAUUAAAAUUUCCAAAAGUCUCUGUGAAAUAGUUGACCUUAUAAAAAUGCUCCACAGCAGCUGCAGAAAGCCAUGUCACUGCAAGGACAUGAAGACUGGGUGCGUGGAGUGACAUGGGCGUCUUUAGGUGAGUGUUUCUGCUGCUGAUGCAUUACCAGUACACAUGCAGGUACACACAUAUGUCAAACAGUAAACCAAACCCAAAUCACAAAAUUAAUGCUGGUUGUGGAGCUCAGGGUGUUUUUUGAUACUUGGACGCAGUAACAACAGCUUAAAAAAUAGGGAUGCAAAGUUAUGACUGCAGAAGUCCACAAGAAGAUUGGUAGAUUUAAUGUUUUGAUGUUGUUUGAUGGUUAUUAAAACUGAUGCGUGUAGUAUAUGGAUGAAACAGAAGUUGCAGUGUUCCUGCUGUCUUUGGUUCACUGAAUUUGUCUUUGUGGCCGCGGUCAGUACUCUGUGGUUUUACUGCUAUAAGCUGAAUUGUGUCUAAAUGCAUCUUUAAAGCCCCUUUAGUUUUUUGACAGCUAUAAAAUAGACUGAAAUUCAUAUUGAUGCCUUUUUAUGUAACUUAACAGCAAACAAGAUCAUCAGCAACACAAUCAGUGAUUCUCCUAUUGUAAUCUUGUCCAAAAUCUGGGGGCGGGGGUGCUAGAAGUAGGUGUCAGCCCAGCAGCUGAAGAAAGAGCUCUGUUUUUACCAUUAACAUAGAAAAACUCUGCAGUUAAUGACACAUUUUGACUGUUAAAAGUCAGCAGGAUGAGAUUUGUGUGAGAAGACACUAAUAAAGCUGGUAGAAAUAUGAAAUAAGCAUCAAUUGCUUUGCCUACAGGGGGCGCCGAAAUAAAUGCAAACUAAAAGUUCCUCACAGGAGCAUCAAAUAAAUAAAAUAAAACAACAUUAAUUAACAAAUUAUUAAUGAUAAUAGUAAAUCUGUUCUAAAACCCUUUUAAAAUUUAGGCUGAAACUACAGAAUAACUGAAUUAAAAGUUCAGAUUAAAAAAGAAGUUUUAGGUUUCCUUUUAAAACACAAAGGGCUUCUCUGAAAUCUACAGGUUUGAGUUUCUGGUUCUUUGAUUCGUCCAUUAAAAAAAAACGUGCAGAGAUGAAUGAUGCAGCUUUUGUGCUCUGAAACUGCGAGAUAACAUGUAAAAACUUGACGUGACAAGUGCAUAUAUAUUUGGGGGCCUAAAGACCUUUUUGUCUUCUCGAUCCCUGGCUCGUGAAAAAAUUAAACUGAACACACUGUUCUCUUAUUAAAUCAGUUUCAUGAGUCCUCCCUUUCCAGCCAGUGGGCUUUUCACAGAACUGUGAUCGCACAUGGCAAUGCAUGGACCCAAUCCAAGCCCUACUAAUUGUGUAACCCUCUUUGAGAGCACUUCAUUACGCACUGUUCUGACUGUGUAAAAGCCAUUUCAUCUCCUCGACCAGCCCUCUCCACCAGCGUCUCCGUCCCACUCACAGUCUAUGACCCACUCCACGCUGCCAAGCUGCCAGCCAGCAAAGAGAUAGAGAGAAGUUUGUUAGCAUGAAAUAUGUCCAUAAGAAUGGCAAAAACCUCCCUCUCCACAGUGACAGCAGUCAAAUAAAUCAGUCUGUCCCUUUAUGACUCAGCAGAUGGGAAAGUGUAGCUCUAGAGGUGCAGUUUAUCAGAGCUGAUCAACACUGAGACACGGUGAGGCUCAGCAAGUUUUUCUGUUUGUAUCUUUAUUCUUUGUUCUGAAGCAUUUCAUCAAUCCUGUGCAAGAAAUUUACGUUGGCCUAAAUCUAAAAAAACAGCUGCUUAAAUGUUGUUGUUGAACUCUUGACUGUUCUUUUAUCGACAUGCGAGUCUGAUCAGCAGGAGCCCUGAACAGGUGGAGCUUUAGUAAUAGUCUGCACACUUGGGUGUCACAAUCAUGACAUCAAUGAUUGUCGUCAUUGUGACGGAUCUGCCAGCCCACACAAUGUUAAACAUGUCUGUGUCCUUACAGUCAUGUUGACCAGCAGGAAUUUGCCUCUCAGUCUUGAGUACAAACAGAACUGGUCCUUAAAGCACACUGUGAUAUUUUAGGAAGGCUUUGGGAUUUUUCAGGUUUCUUUGUUUCUUGAUUGGGCUGCACUGAUUUAAGGAUUUAGGAUUAGUUGCCAAUUUGCCUGAUAUGACCUUGACUUUCAGAAACACGGCACUGUGGCCUUCAUAAGGGGUCCACUUAUAUUUUUUAACAAGGGUCAAUACUGAUUAUUAGCAGCUCAUGAAACCGAAAUUUACAACAAUAACUGACGUCAUUUUGCCCAUAUCGGCAUAUUUGGUGUCAAAUAAAUUAAUAAAUAAAAGUUGGUUUUGGGUGUGAAGAGGUAGGCUAUGGUCUUAUGUCCCUUUAAUACGCUGUCCUAUAUCAGAGACAUGACUCCACCCCAUCCAGUCCGUAACAAAGAGGGAAUGACAGGUGAGGAGAUGGAGGACGGUUUAAAAGUUGUAGCGGCGGUUGAAAUAGACGAAAUUAUUAAGGGAGGGGUUAGCAGCUUGUGGUGUAGUUAUCAUCUAUUUAUCAUUAUCGUGGUGAACUGCUCAAUAUUUCAUGAUAUUGAUUUGAGCCUAUAUCGCCCAGCCCUAACCGAUAUUUGGAAUCAGUGUGCACUGAGAAAAUGACAAUCUUUGAGUCCAAAUCUGGGGUUUGGGAUACUAUAUCAUAGCGACCAUAGCAGUCAUUAUAGCAACCCAGCUUAAUUUUUAAACAGCUGAUUAGCAAUUAAUAAGCACACUGUUAUGUCAGUGCGUUUUGCGAAAGUAAAACAGUUCAGUGUCUUUCGUUUUGAAGAUUCAUUUGAUCUCUGUUGGUCUUCAAUGCAUUCAAAAGGAAGGCACCGUACAACUUUCAUUCACAGUUUUACAGCUCAUCUAUCAUUGCGUGGUGUCUCUCAGCAGUCAAACAAUUACGCUUUUCUCUUUCUUGCAACACCUGACACCUCAGCGAGAGUUUGCACCUUUUACAAAGCAACAACUGAGCUUUAGAGUGACACCUACUUACUCCUGAUCUAGUUAAUACAGACAUCAUUUAGAGGAGAAAAGCAGCCACACUUACAUCACAGUUACAGUCACAGUUGUUUGAUGUUGAGUAAAUCAUAUAGUUUCAUGGAUGAGAGAUCUAGUGAGACAGAGUGUUCAAGGGAUUUUCCGGCAUAGAUUUAAGUUAUGGUCAAAUACACCGUAACACUGAGUUAGACAACCCCUCGAGAGAUGAAUGUUGCUGACUGCUUGCUUCUCUAGUUAUACCAACUUCAGUAAUGACCGCACAAUAGCAAUACACCCUGGUCUACAUCUCCACGUCCAAACCUCAACCAAAAAGCCACUGUAUAGCCACAAAUAAUGCUCAGAACAGCACCUAACUUCAUCAACAGUACAUACAGGGUCCCAGCUAUAGUACUAGCCAUCAAACAUCUUUUUAGCUUUCCCUGUUUCUUUAGCAAAGAGACUAAACACAACUCACUCGAUCUCCUUCAGCAACCGCUUGUUUGUGGGAGAGCCCUAACGAGUCGAUCACCGAGUGCAGCGGAGUUUCGUAGCUCAAGGAGGAACAUUUAUGAUUAUUACUUCAUGGAAAUACAAUCAGAGUUCUCGUGUAUCUUGUAUGUGCACUGCAGACGUUCUUCUGCCUUAGCGUCUUGAUCUGAUUGCAUGUGUACGGUUUGUUUGACAGUAACUUAAAUUUAUGCUGGAAUAUCCCUUAAAAUGAAUAAAAGACGUUGAUCCGUCUGAUUUGUCAUAUAUAAACUCUGACUUUUGCGAAGCUCCUCUUCUUCUAACUCUUCUGAAAGUCUAAAUAACAGCUGAGCAGCAAAGUACAUGGAAUGAUAAACUCAUUAGCGCUGCAGCAGAGUAAAUAAUGCAAAGGCAGCUUUGAUGAAUGGAGUGAUCAGGUAGUUAAUAGAGGAUGCCUCUCAGUCAUCAGGUUUUCAGGCUGUCUGUCUGCCUCGCUCAGGUGGGGAGCUGUUAUUAGCCAGCUGUUCGCAGGACUGUCUCAUCAGAGUGUGGAGGCUGUGCGCCAAGUCUGGGACAGACGCCCAUGUAGAGGACGAUCACACCAUCAUCAAAAUGAAAGAGGACAUUUUUGAAGUGAAGGAUGGAGGUGAGUGGGCCGUGCAGGCUCGACUACAAAAGUGAUGCGAAUAAAAUAAAUGAAGAGAAGCGCUUUAGCGGUUUAAUUACACACAGACCUCCGUGCAAAGGAGUGUAAGGGUUUGUGUGUUACCUGUCAUGGUUGUAACAGGUACUUGAUUGAACUUCAAAGAUGCACGUCAUGGAGCAACAUGUAGUUGGCAGCCAGUUUUCUUCUGGAAAAGAUCGUUUCUACCAGUUCGGUUAAUUAGCUGCCUGUGUGCUGUUCAAAGACUAAAGCUGCUGUUGUGAUUACACUCUUCAUCUGCUCUCUCUUUCCUCCUACCUUAGAUGUGUCCUCGGUGUUCGCUGUGUCUUUGGAGACUGUUUUGGCGGGACAUGAGAACUGGGUCUACGGAGUCCACUGGCAGCCUCCUGUCUUCAAAGGUACGGUGAGGAAAAACCCUGGGAAGUGAACGGUCACUUUGUUUUUGAUCAUUAACAGCAGGUUCGCAGGCUCUGAGUUAACAGGUUUGUUUCUAAAUUAAUGUUUGGACUUUCACGCUCAGUUCUCUUGCUUUGUCUUACAGUACUAUUGCUCAUGAGAGGUAGCACAAGACAGUCAGACACUCAAAGAAAUAGAAAAAAGCUGUGUGUUAAAAGUUAUUAGCUUAAUUGGUCCUCAAGAGGAAAAACUUACAGGGAGCUAAACCUUCUCUUUAAACUCUGAGAGCCGUAAUAGAUCACUUCACACCCGGAUCGUUUUUUUUUUUCGACUUCACACAUUGUUGUUUAGAUUUCUAAGGUAAGUAAAGCAUCACUGUUGAGCUCUAAUGAGACACAGUUCAAAGCUGUUUCUCUUACACAUACAGUAUCGGUGAUUAGGUCAAAGACAGAUUUUCCUCCCUCUGUUAUCACUACACACAGCUCCCUCCCUCCUCCAGGUCCUUCUCGGUAACAGAGUCCUCACAUUUGAUCAGUGUUUCAGGCUGUUAUAGAGGGCCGGAAUAAACGCUCGUUUCUUACUCUGUGAGACAUUAAUUUGAGUUGGAAGUGAUAUGUCUUUGUAAUAAAACCUUCAGUCUGGAAACAACAAAAAGGUCCCUUUUUACAUCAUAGGUAUUUGAACACAGCUCUGAGUCAACCUGUUACAUUUCUCAAAUCUCUUCCUCCAGUGGGUCCUAGACUCAUGUCAUUGAAAAGCUAUUGGUACACCGAUGUGGUCAUAAAUCAGCGUGAUGAGAACUUACUACAGAGAAAGCAUACAGUGUUUACCUGUUGUUUAUUUUGAUUUUAAGCUUUGACACAUGUGCCAUCUGUAGGUAUGGAGAGGUGGGCUUAAAGGGAUAUUCAGGUGUAAAAUUAACUUAUGGUCAAACACACUGUAACUCCGAGUUAGACACCUCCUCAAGAGAUGAAUGUUGCCGACUGCUGCUUCUCUAGUUAUACUAACUUUAGUAAUGAACACACAAUAGCAAUACACAGUGGUCUACGCCUCCACAUGCAAACCUCAACCAAAACGCCACUCUAUAGCCACAAAUAAUGCUCAGAACAGCACCUAACUUCAUCAACAGUACAUACAGGGUCCCAGCCAUAGUAGUAGCCAUCAAACAUUUUUUUAUCUUUGCCUGAUUUCUUUAGCAAACACAACUCACCUACUCUCUUCCAGCAGCCACUUGGCUGUGGGAGAGCCCUAAUGAGUCAAUCACCGAGUGCAGCUGAGUUUCACAGCUCAAGGACAUUUAUGAUUGUUACUUGAUGGUAAUGCAAUCAUAGUUCUUGUGUAUCUUGUAUGUGCACUGCAGACGCGGUAGUUCUUCUGCCAUGGCGUCUUGGUCUGAUUGCAUUUCCAUGAAGUAAUAGGCAUAAAUUUUCCGCUGUACUCGGUGACUGACUCGUCAGGGCUCCCCCCACAAACAAGCAGCUACUGGAGGAGAGUGGGUUUGCAUGUGGAGACGUAGACCGCUGUGUUGCUAUCGUGCGCUUGUUGCUGGAGUUGGUAUAACUAGAGAAGCAAGCAGUCUGCAAAAUUCAUCUCUUGAGGGGUUGUCUAACUCAGUGUUACGGUGUGUUUGACCAAGCUUAAAUCUUACGCCGGAAUAUCCCUUUGAGGUAGUUUGACUUUUAUCUGUGAAACACAUAACAGAAAGACUUACAGUGUCAAUGUUUUUUUCUGCAAGUUGUCAUGAAUUGUGAGAAAAAUGCCCCCUAAUGCAGCAUGAGAGGAAAUCUUUCAGGACCUUUUGAAACUAAAGUUUGCAAGAUAAAUAACUGGAUUUAUUUUAUCGGUAUAAUAAUUUUCAAAUGACACAAAAAUCUAAGUAAUUUAGAAAUAUGAAGCUGCGUGUAGACUUUCUUUAAUCACGUGCCUAUAAAGAAUAAAACCAGCAGCCUUUUGACAAUCAACUGUGGUCUGUUUGUGUGUACUGCUCCUUUAUGACUUCUUUGUCGUCUCUUGGACUCCCCCUGCAGGUGGUGAAAUGCAACAACCUCUCAGUCUCCUCUCGGCCUCCAUGGACAAAACCAUGAUCCUCUGGGCUCCUGAAGAGGGGUCUGGAGUCUGGGUGGAGCAGGUGAGUGUUGACCUGAAUUGAAGUAGCAUAUAUGCAGACACAGACACAGAUCACAUGAAUAUGCAUACAUGGAAUCACUAACUGUGCGCACACUCAGACCCACACACCAAUUUUCCUCCUCUCCAUUUCUGCUGGUUUCUCCUUUGAGUUGCUCUUGACAUGAGCCAGCGCUCAAGCCCUCCUCUAGUAUUCUCUCUCCUGCUGUCAGUGCCCCCGCGUCGGUUUCCACUCUCGCUGACAUUGAAGUGUCAGGAAUAGAAGUGAUGGACAGUGAUGAAGAGCCGCCGAGCCUGGUGCACCACUGUGAGUUUAGACAAGCCCAGGUUGUCCUCCCCCGUCUCAUCCGCUAUCACUCACUCUCACCGAACCCCCUCUUUUACAGCCCACACCCCUACACGGCCGACGGAGGAUGGAGAGGCUGGUGGAGGACUUGUCAUAGCCUCUGGCUGCACCGCCUUCCUCCUUAUUAUUCUUUUCCUCCGUGAUCUGUCUUCCCCCUUUCACUCCCCGCUCCCGCCUUCUGUCAUUUACUGUCCUCCACCUCCUCUUUUUUGUCUUUUUUUUCAACACUUGCCUCCGUUUUUUCUUCUCCUGUCUGGUCUCCCUCUCUCAUAUUGUCUCCUUCCCUUCACCCUCCUCUCUUGUAGCUCCUAACAGCUGUUGUUGUGCCAGAAUGGGACUAAAUUUAAACACAAGUGUGGAAGGCGAAGAAGAAGCAGUUCUCGGCCCAUCUGCCCUGCGGCAUUAGUCUGGCUAAUUCUCAGGUGGUUCAGGAGUACCUUAGAUUAACUUUCCUCGUACCCUGCAGAAACGCAUCCUCCUGCGCAGAGCUGCAGAGACAAGCUACUUGCACACACAUGCAUAAUGCGCCCCACAAUACACGAACACGUUCAUCUGCUUGGACACGGCGCACCUGGACAUGCCACGCUCCUUCAGAUGAGGAAGAUUCCACACUUGAUCAGUUACAUUUGCGCACCUUUGAUCUCGUCAUUUCAUCCACAGUGGCGAGCAACAGAGACCAAAGUCGGGAGCAGCCAUGAAAGUCUUGAUUCUCCUCUCUUACAAAGGGGCGAUGAUUAAUGCCUGAAGCUGGCGAGGAUGUCACAUAUUUUUCUUCUUAGACAAAAAGGUGGUCAGUGGAGGGAGAAAAAGCAGCUGUGGGUGUUUGAAACCAAGUCUGCUGUUCUGCCGUUCUCCCUCUGUAGCUCAGGCUUUUCUUCUUGAUCCCUCCUUAAAAAAUGAAAGUAAAGCUCUACCUGAAAUAACCUCCUUGUUGAAAGUGUAUGCAUAAAGUAUGAGGCUCUUUUCCAUUCCUUUCCUUUGCCGUUUCUUUCUCAUCUGACCUUUAAAUUUUUCAAAUGUGCGAGUAAAACCCUUUGAACUGACAGCCUCUGUGCCUAUAAAAGAAGCUUAACAUUAACAUAAACACACUUGCACUUGCAAAAAAAAGGCACUGAAUUAACUCUAACAUUUUGUCCUCGGCUAAGCCAGUUAGACAGUAUUAAAGGCUGUUUUAUCUGAAUGUUUCCAUGAUCAGAACAGGCCUCGCAGAUGCCGCUCAUGGUGGAUGUGGACGUUUUUGGCAGAUCAGAUCCUGCAUCGCUAAAUGACCAGCCACGUGUGUCUUAAUUAGCCAAAUUUUACAAAGAAGUGCUCCACUUCUUCAUGCUGAUUAGAGUAAUUGGUGAGAUUUAAUGGAGAGAGGGGUUAGCAGUGGGGUGGCCGGGGCCCACCGCUGCGUAAAGCACAUCUUACUAACGAGACACACUGGUAAUUAACAACUCAGACUGACCACAGCGGGCCACUACAGAGCCUGGGGGGACUGUCUGUUUGUGUGUUCCUGAGAUAACCUAUUUUCAGAGCUCAGCUUGUGAGCUGUCCUUAAGUAGCUUUUGACCCAAUAACAAAUCCAUAAAAAAAAAGCAUGAAAGCUGAAAUGAAUUCGCAGUUUUUUUUGUGUGUGUGUUUUUGUGAGGUUUGGUGGCUGUCAUCAAGUCCACCUGGAGCGUGUUCAAAAACACAGCUUUGUUUUAACAGAUAGAAAUGGUUCCAAGUAAGUCGUCUUACCAAACUGCACUGAUCGAAAGGAAGGCAGGGCUUAGACGCACUUUAUUAAAAUUGGAUAAAGUCUCCUAACACAGAAACAAUGACUUCAAAGUCUUGUGCGCAACAUUUUAGCAUGAUACGACAUUUAGAAGUGCAGCUUGUGCAAAGUAGCUCUUUGAUACAAAGGUGUGAUUCCAUAAAGUGUAAUAAAGUCUACCAUACUACUAUCUAAUCUAAUGACAGAUAAUUCAUCAAUAAAGUGUCCGAUUAUCAAUCGUGUAAAACUUUAAUGUACAGAGGAAGUUUUAUAAAGAAAAAGUUUCAUACUGGAGACUUUUUUUUAAAACUAUAAAAACAAACUACACCAUCAGCUGUAAGAUCCACUCAUCCUGCUGACUCCUGACAGUCACAUGUUUAUUAGGAGUGGAAAUCACUAGUGGCUGUACGAUACGAUAUGAUAUUAUCAUGAUACUUGGGCCACAAUACGAUAUUAUCGUGAUACUUGGGCCACAAUACGAUAUUAUUGCGAUUUAAAAUUUUGCAAUACAGUGAGUAUUGAGACGAUUUUUUUGACUGUUACGCGAAUUUGGCAUUUUUCUUUUAUGUUUGUCUUCUUUACACAGUAUUUUAUUUUCAUUUCAGCACAUCUUGCAAACCAUUUAUAUAUAUUUGUUACACUAACCUUUUCCUGCUCUAUGAUGUCACCUCUGCCAACCUCACUGGACAAACCGUUGAUUUUAUUUUUCUAUUAUCAUAGAUCACUCGAAACUAUGCUGUUUCAAUGUUUUUGCCCACCCCUAGCAUCUUGUAUAUGCUGUGCGAAUGUGGAGUAGCUGCAACAAAGAACUGAACAGAGAAAUAUUUCAGACUUACAGGGUCUGUCCACUUUUCUACAUGUUUUUUUCUUCUUCUUGAUAAAAUAGGCAAGUCUAUAUGGUUGAGUGUCAGUCCAGAGUCCAGCUGGGUCAAAAUCAGUCUGGCUGCAGUAAAAACUCCCUGAGGAGGCAGCAAUGUGUCAGCUUUGCCGGUCUAGACUGUUGACUCAGUAUCUAAAGAUGAGAUUACAUCCCAGUGAAAAAGUCUCCUUCUCUGUAACCAGCUUGUGAAGACCUCACCCAGCCUCCAGCUGAGUGUCUCAGCUGUGCGCUCAAGAGCCUUUAGCUAGCUGGCUUACCCAAAAACAUGCUUUAAACUUGAAGUGAGACCAUAUGUUGUUUAUGUCUAGCAGGCAGAAAUUCAAAGAAAAAAGCCUGUUUGAUUACAAGUUCUAAAGAAGUUGAUGUCCCUCAUUGUAGGAACAUCAAUCAAAGAAAAAGAGAGGGUAGUAGAAGUUCCUACUUAUAGCCUUACCUAUAGCUGCUUAUCGCUGCUAUAGCUGUUGCUAUGGCAAUUAACUCUUUCACCAGCCAAAAUACCAGCACACCUGAUUUAUUUUAGUUUGAAAAAUGAAGGUGUUGAAAUCCUGUCUUUGCACAAACAGGACUGAAGAUAAAUCCUGAUUCUGACUCGUUCUCCUUUGCAACACUUGAAAGUUAUGAAUCUUUCUCACUCUGGAUUUUUCCUGCAAAUUUCUAACAAUUUCCACACAAAAAUAAAUUGUAAUUUGACAAAUCAGAAGAUCAACUGGAAUUGAGAUCAUCAGACUGCACUUUGUGUUGCAUAUUUUCUCCAUAAGGGUAAACUGAAGGAUGAAACUUUGUGGGCUAAUGUUUGAGCCUGAAAAUUUAAUCCUAAAACCUGCUCUCAGACUGUUUGGGUUUUCCCGGCUUAACUGAGCUUACUCAGCUCUCACACCCUUCUCUCUCUCUCUCUCUCUCUCUCUCUCUCUUUUUCUCUCUAUCUCCUUCAAAGAAUGAAUUAUGCCUCCCCUCUUUCAGCUGCCCUUGUUUUAUUCCUCCCCCUCACCCCCGCCAGCCAGCAACGAUAAGGCACGCUGUUCAUCUGCAUUGUUCCCCCUCGUCGUAAACAAGACAGAUGACGGCUUUUCGCCUCUGUGAGUUUUUGUGUGAUUUACGGCGAGCUCUUACACGCAGAAUUUAAAAAUUAAUCUGCUUAAUGUUGCAUUCUCUCUUGAUCUCACUGUCUAUGUACAGCUGACCGUCUCUGUCCUCUCUCUCUCUGUCUCUCUCUCACCGUAUGGCUGGAGGAGCGUGCCAUUCAAAGUAAAGGCAUGCCUUUAUCGCUGUCAUUAGUUCCGCCGUGUUCCCGCCUGCAGAUAGACGUUAUUUUGAAGGUCACUGACGACCAUCACCAGCUGGAAGGCCUUUAAAUUGAGGACAGCACUUGACUGCAGCGUACAGUAGACAGAUAGUUUUCUGUUGCCUUUCAGCACAUUUGUUUAGCUGUAAUUGGUGCGUGCUACUUUAUUUGUGUGUUUCUUCUGUGGUCAGAUAAACCAGCUCUCACUCUGCCUCACAAAAAGAUAACGGGCUGAGCUGUACAUUUUCCAGAUCGCAAUCAUUCCGGUGUGAAUUUUGCACUUCUCAUAUUUCUUAUGGUCCUCAUUAUUAAAAGCACAGGCUAAUUAAAGAUGGAGAAGAUAUUAUGAGGCUGUAUCUGGUAAGAGGGGGCGAUGCUGCUGAGGGAGGGGUGUAGCGCUCUCUCGGGUUUGUUCUGCUGUUAUCAAUUUGAAUUGAUCUCCCCUCUGGGCACAGUUUACCUGCAGGGCUUCAGGGCCUGAUAAAGCUUUUAAUUGUAAGAAUUCCUCCAGGCGGCAGAGCACUGGCCUGGUCAACCUCCUACUUGAAUAAUCCUCAGGUAAAUGGAAAAUGGACUAUAUGUAGACAGCGAUUUUCCAACCAAAGCACUCUCAUGAUACGUGCCGUUUGCACCUAUUCACACUACAUUCUAACACUGAUUACAAAAGAUGUCAUAUAAUGUGCCCAUCAGUGCCCACCAAUAUCAUUUGCAUGUAUCUAAAUGCCAUUGACGAUGCCACCGGGUGCAGUUUAUGCGUUUUGUCCAAAGCAGCAGGGAUCAAACCGCCAUAUGUCCAAUCGAGGGACAGCCAUCCUCGCUGCUGAGCCACAGCCGCCUCUAGAUACAGUCUGUCUUUCUGAUUGGUUGAAAAGUAACGUUCAAACUCUGCCUACAUUAAAAUCAAUGUUUUUUGCCCCUCAAGUUUGAUCAGAAGUGGGUGGUCUGUUUAUUAACAAUUGUUGCCAUGGAUACAAAUCUGCAGGCUCACCUUUAUGGCAGCUAGUUGUUGGCCUGUUCUGAUUGGUCCCAGGCUUUUGAUUUGAUGCAGGUAUCACUGCAGUUUAAGGUAAAGUUUUAGAAACUCUCCUGAUGCCUAAUUUGACGUUUACCUUUCAAGAAGGUGUUUUUAUUCAAAGACUAGUCAGGCUGGUAUUUUCAGUGUGGUGCAGCGGUUAGUGAAGGUGUAGUGAUUUAAAUGUUAAGUGUCUGUGCAGCGGUAGAGGGGAUGGAAGAUAGUUGAGCAUCUGCUUCUCAUGGUUGAUAUUCAUGCAAAGUGCAGGUUUUGGACCAUAGUUUAGGCUGUCCACAUGUGAUCCAGUCACCCAGGAUGGAUGCUAAUGUCAUGUUCAAAUAAGACCUUAAAGUUCCCACUCUGAUUAUUUUUUUACUACUUUAAGUAUUAUCAGUGGUCUUUAAAUUGUGAUUAUGAAGGUUUUUUUUUUUUAGCCAAAAUCACGUUACCAGUGUCAUUUUCAAGUGCUUUUCUUCUGCAGAGCUCCAGUGGAUCAUUAGAAAUUCACCUUUGAGUUGUGCACACUGCUCUGCACACUGCUCUGCACGCUGCUCUUCAUGCUGCUCUUCACACUGCUCUUCAUGCUAACUUGUAGCCUAACAUUGCCGGUGUAGUACAAGUGGCAGGUAACAUAGGAGCCAUUCAGCUCUUGGACACUAAUGUCUUUAGGGACAUGAUGAAAGCUAAUAUCAUAAUUAGCUUUCUUACGAGCAUUGCAAUCUGCCAAGGCACACGCUUGUUCUGCAAUCAUCCUCUACUUUUUUGUAGACAGCAAGAAAAAUAUGAUUUUCAUCCGAGUAACUCUUUAAAGUUCCCCCUGCGCCUCACUGUAAGAUACAUUUAUGCUGAAUUGAAAAAAGAUGUUAUAUCACAACUGAAGAUAUAAAUAAAGAAUCAGAAAUACAGAAAAAAAGAGGAUAAAAAUACAGUUUUAUUUUUAUUUAAAGCGAUGUAAAUUUAAUGGUAAGCAGUGUUUGAACGCCUGUUAGUCAUUAAGUACAGUAUGUUAUUUCACAGUUUGAUUGGUCUUUUCUUCCUUAGUUUGAGCUUUAGAGUUUCAGUAAAGUCGUCUUAAGCUGAUGUUGGGACUCCCUCUUCAUUAUUUCUUUCACUUCUUCUCUUACACUUGAGCAUAUUUCUGUUCCUCAAAGAAAUCCCUCCAUUCAUGCACAUUUUAAACACUCACAUACAUUUCUGCAUAGUUUGGAGUUAUUUCUGUCCUGUGUUGUAAUCCUCCUUUCUCAGUUAUGUAAUCAACAGAGGGCCAUACUAAUGUUAAAUCAUUUUUUUCUAUUUCAGCAUGUAAUUUCUGUUCCUUAUGGAGAUUAAUGUCUGUUUAAUGAUGAAUGGAAACAGAUUUAGAUUCAGUGGGUACUUUUUUAGAUUUAAUUAAUUUGGCAUUCAGUCUGAAUUUUGUUCUCUUUUGAAUCUCAUUCUCCAUUUAGCCUCCAACGCUCUUGUUUGUGUUUUGCACCUUUUUUUUCUUUUCUUUUCAUCUGUGCUUGGAAAAAAAAAAAUCACAAAAACUAAGUGACCUCAAAAAGACUUUUAAGAGGUAAAUUUUCAUUUGUCAGCGUGAUUGGUUAGUGCACUUAAAUCAAAAUGGGUUUUUCUGUCCCAGGUAGUGAUUUGAAUCUUCAAAACUCAAUACAUGAUUGUCUUGACACACAAAAAGCAAACUGUCUGAGAUUAGACAGGUGGGCAGGAUCGUAAAGCAGCUAUUUUUCUCUCUGCAGUUUGGAGGGGUGGUGAUUGUUGGUGAUUUGAAAUUGGAUUUUUUUGUCCCACUUGUAUCCCAUCUGUAUGAUCUGCCCUCUGAACCUGACACAGGCCCCAGCCUCUCAUUCAAAUCCCCAUAUACGCCAAUCCCUCUGUGUUUUCAAGUGCUGUCGUUUCUCAUAACUAUUUGUUUAUUUAAUAUGCAGCACUACAGUUGCUUUCAUUUUACAUCAGACAAAUGUCUUUUGUCGGAAAAAGUACAACAUAGUUUAUUCAGCCAUAAUAAGUCCCAUUUUACAUCAUGUUUCAUCUGACUUGUCAGCUUAGUUUGCUGUUUUCUUCUGCUUCUUUCAGCCAAUAUGAAAGCUGUUAGCUAACAAGUGUUAGAGAGACUCAGUCUUAACUGUCCACCUAUAAUAAAACUAUGAGUGUUCAGCAUCAAAUAGGCGACUACUGCUUUUCUACUAACUUUACUGAUUUUCUCUGUAUGAAGCAGUUAAUGCAGAGUGAUUUUGGCUCUUAUAUCCAUCUGCAACAUGUCAGUGACUCUGACCCACAAACCAAAUGCUCAUCACCCACCUGGUGUCAGAAACAAGAGUGUUGAAAAAGCGAAUGAGUGGAUUAUUUUUCUCACCAGUGAUGAUCGCCUCCACAACGUGUUUGAUUUUAAUUUUCACACCAGGUGCGUGUUGGGGAGGUUGGUGGAAACACUCUGGGCUUCUACGGCUGUCAGAUGAGUCCGGACGGCGCCAUGAUCGUGGCUCAUGCUUUUCACGGAGCACUGCAUCUGUGGUGCAAAGACCAGGAUGAGGAGGUAAGAGCCACAGUGCCAGUAUAUAUCAGACUUUCACAUCUACUUGAUGUGUUUAUUUCCAAUCAAAUGCAGGAUUCCUAGGUGCAUGACUUUCCUGUGUCAGGAGAGUCCAGAUAAGAAACUCUGUGUUUAAAGUUCUGAACCAACCACACUGUCUAUCCAGGGGGAGUGGAGGCCUGGCGUUGUGAUCUCAGGUCACUUCAGUGCAGUCCAGGACCUGAGCUGGGAUCCUGAGGGCGAGUUCAUCUUGAGUGUGGGCUCAGACCAGACCACCAGACUGUUCACUCCAUGGAGAAAAGAAGGUUCAAAGCAGGUAAAAGGUGCUGACACUCUGAGCCUCUGACAUGUUUUGGGCCCUGAUUUUGUAAAGGACUUUUUAAAACUGACUGAGUACAAACUUUGAUGUUUUCAUCUAGAAUAAAAAUACAUAUUUUGCAAAUUGACAUUUAUAUUAUCCUCUCCUCUUCACGUCAGAUUGAUUUAGUUUUAAUUUCUAAGAGAUCACUUAAAUAUGGGAUGAAAACACCAUCAAGAUCGUCGUCUUCUUCACAUCAUCAGUGCCAGUUUGGGAAGCUGCCAGCUAGUGCUGGUGCCAAAUGAAGUCCAGUAACUGUGUCUGAGCCCUUGUGAGAGCACUUUGCAUCUUGAACUGGAAAUCUUUCAUGUAGAUAGCGGUUCUAUGUUGCGUUUGGCGGUGUUACAGACUAUGGGGUAUCACGCCAAGAAAACAGGUUUAAUGACAUCAGAGAGCUAUUUAAAUGCUGGCGCUCUCUCCUGGCAACCCUCGUGCAGCUGGUUGGAAUCCCAGCGAUCGAAUCUCCAUCUUAACAAUAUCCUUCAAUGUCUUUUUUCCCCCUGCAGGCAACCUGGCAUGAAAUCUCUCGGCCUCAGAUCCAUGGAUACGACAUGCAGUGUCUGGCGAUGGUGGGGAGGUUUCAGUUCGUGUCGGGAGCCGAUGAGAAGGUGCUGCGGGUUUUUCAAGCACCUCGUAAUUUUGUGGAGAACUUCGCUAACAUCUCUGGGGACUCCAGAGAAAAGCUGCUGGCAUCCAGUGUGAGUGGAAAAAAAAACUUGUUUCCCAACUAAAAAAUAUGCAGAUUGGAAGACCCUGAAUUGAGCUCAUUUGAAGAUGUGUCCAUUAAUUUCUUGAUUCCUCUUGCCAGGAUGCUGCCAACCUCCCAGAGGGAGCCAGCACACCUGCACUGGGUCUGUCCAACAAGGCUGUGUUUCAAGGUAUGAUACUCGCUCAGGUCUGGGCCUGGUUUUGUCUGAUAAUCAGUUUUCUUGAAGUCCUUUGAGUAACUGAGUAGCAGUCUUUAGAGGAGGCGCGUAAAGCUCCUGUGAGGAGGUUUUCUAAGUUUAUGAAAGAGACUUCAAUUCUUCUUGAUGGUUUUUAAUGAUAUACAAAAACAAACAAGACCAUCCGCAACAAGACUGAUGAUUUUUGAUGCUGUAGUUCUUAAUGCCUGAAUCAGCUGUGAGGGGGUUGGUGUCAGUCAAACAGUGAAUCAAACAGUCUUGUUUUUACAACAUUCACAAUACUUGAUACAUUUGAGGUUAUUGACCAUAGACUGUAAAUAGAAUGGACGACAUCUGCCUCCUUACUGGGUGAAGACACCCAGUAAGGAGGCAAAACCCAAACCUUGGUUCUUUUCUGCCUCUUUUCUGUCCAUAAAUAGUCCAGUAUCAUCUCCCAACUCAACAAUGUUAUCAACGUUAUCUGAUUGUAUGAGAUUCUCAUAGGAUUUUGAAGGAAAAAAAAUAGUCCAAAAACAGAAAGAGGAAAAAAAAUAGUACAAAAAACAGAAGGAAAAAUAUGAUACUCAGACAAACUGAAAGAAGAAAAAAAAAUGUGUCCAAAAAAUGGCUUAGACAAAAAAUUACUCAAAAAAACAUUUUUUUUUUUUGUAAGUGAAUGCAAUAUGCUUCUGUACCUUACUAAUUUAGACAAAAAAAAAAAAAAAAAAAACGAACAAAAAAAAAAGAUAACUCAGAAAAUGAAAGAUAAACUAAAACUGCAACCUUACAGACAGAAAUGAAGAUGAUGUCUUUUCUAAACACAGCUGUGUCACUGUCCAAGCCUGGAUGUUUUUCAUUCUUUUACCUGCUAAAAACUGAAAUUUCUAUAGAAAAAUGCACUAAUACAUGUAACUUCUCCUCACAGGUGAUCUUGUCCAAAAAACCAAUAAAGGAGAAGAGGAGCAGUUCAGCAGUGUGUCUGAUCAAUACCAGGAAUCCUACUUCCACCCGCUCAUCAUGACUGGUAUUUUUCAAACUUUCAUAAAUAAAUUCCUGGAAAUGUUUUGCCCUCUGUGCAUCUGAUUUCAAACUCUCAGUCCAAAAGAAAAUGAAAGUCUAAAUGCAUCCAUGUCCCCCCUACGGUCUGAAAGCCUGACUCAUAUUCCUCAUCCACUCAGCAGCCCCACUGCACAUUUAAGAGUUCCUGUCUGCCUGUCGCUGAGUGUUCUUACAAGAGACAAUGAUAUGCCGGCAGACGGACAGUUAGUUAUUACUGCUGCCGACAUGCUCUACACCCACAGUGCCUGAGGUCUGCUGGAGGCCGGUGCUGCUGCAGCAGGGAGGAGUGGCGGGUGAGAGAGGAGGAGGGAGAAGAGGUGUCAGGGAGCAGAAGGGAGAGAAAAAUGUAAGAAUAAGACCAGAGAAACUUGGAGGGGUACGGGUGCAAGAUGGCAGAGAGAAAACUGAAAUGUAGAGAGAGAGAGAGAGACUGGAAAGCUUGAGAGCAGAGGUAUCAUUGAGCUAAUGUUUAGAGGGAGCACAGAGGUGCACCGAGAGUGAAAAACACAGAGGAAAGAGGAGACACUAAUUGUAGGAAAUUGUGGGUAUGGGAAAUAGAUGUGAGUCAAAUGAAAAGAACUGAGCAUGAAGCUUUAAAACCUCGGGGCGAGAGGGCGAUGAGCUGUCAUCAGCAUGAUUGAAGCCCUUAAUCUGCAAUGCUAAUUAGAAAGAAGACUACUGUGAUUGCAAAGUGUAAGUAUCAGUGACCCUGGGCGAUACAGGAAGCAGCCGAGUGCAGACUGUUGUGAACAAUGCAUCGUCACUUGUUUGAUUGGCUUACAUGCAGGCAACGAGGAGAUGAAUGAAUAAUUAUCAGAGAUGUCCAAAGAAGAGUGUGUUUUUUUGUAUAAUGUAACAUAAAGAAAGCAGAGAUUUUCUGAUGGAGUCUGCAGUAUGAGGGGGAGGACUGGGAAAGAUCUGGUCCUCCUUACAACGAGGAGCCUCAGAGAACAGGAGAUGAAGAUUUGGUUUGUUUUAAAACACCUUUUUUUCUAGCAGGCGAGUUGCAGGGCCGAGAAAUAUAAAAGCCAGCUGCUGGGAGAGGGUGUGUUUGAGUGUGAGGGGAUAUCAUGUGUAGGCUGUUCACACAUGCUCUCACACUCACUAUCCUAUCUGUGGCUGUUUUUAAGGAGGUAGAAGCCUAUUCAGUCGAAUACAUACAGGAUCUGUAUUGAGCGAGUUGCGUUCACGUUGCGUCUUUUCUCCGUAGUGCAGCGCUGUCUACCGCACACAGAAUGCGUACUUGGAGUGUAGCAGCAGCGUAGUGCAGCCCGGUCAGCUGGCCUCAGUAUAGAGGAAACAACAUGCUCACAACAGGUAGUUUUGUCUUUCUGUGGGCUAUUUCCUGCUAACUUGGAUAUAAUUCAGUGACUGGUGAGCUUCUACUCUAUGAGAAAUAACGUGAUUUUACAGUUUCGGUUUUUGCAGGUUUAUUCAUUUUUAAUAAAGUAAACUAUGUUCCUUUAUGCUGUGUUUUUACCUUUAGACAGAGUUAGCAGUUAAAAGUCCUGUUGGGGUCCACAUGGAUCAGGGAUUGACCAUCGGAUUGUUCUGUGUUACUGAUAAAUCCAUAACCAGGAAGUAUUUCUCAUCUACAUGAACUGAUACACAGUCAGGAGUCCACAAAUAGCGUUUUAUUUUGAAAUUUACCGAAUGACAUGCGUGGUUUUUGUGCUUGACUUCCUGUCGAGAACACUCUUCACCUGUUGAGAUUGACGCGGGUUGCGUUUAGCACUUGAUAUGCCUCUAAAACUGAGCUGAUACGGAGCUGAUACGCCUCCUGUAUGCGAUGCUGCAUUGAUGAGAAUGGCAACCUAUUUGCUGCGUGAUAUGCAACGCUGACGAAACGCGAUCCUGUACGUUUUAGCCUUAAGUCGUAAAGAAAGCAGGAAACGGGUUGUAUUAACAUUUUAAAACAGCUCAAGUUUAAGGGCUUGUCUUACAACAGCUAUGCGAGGGUUUUGAGGCCUUUGCUUACAUCUUCGUGUUCUUUGUGUGUGUGUGUGUGUGUGUGUGUGUGUGUGUGUGUGUGUGUGUGUGUGUGUGUGUGUGUGUCUUCAGAGCCCCCACCAGAGGAUCACCUCCUCCAGAACACACUCUGGCCCGAGGUCCAGAAACUGUGAGUAUCAAAGUGUCCUCCUGCUCUUUUCUGUCCUUAGUGCCAUCAGUAUUAGGUUGUGAGACAUGAUCCAAUCACAUGUUUUGAUUUCCAUGUUUUCUUAAUGAAGGGACAUUCCCUGAUAGAGUUGUAUUUGUUUCCCAGAGGGUUUAAUUGUCUCUGAAAAUAAUGGACUUCUCUCCCUCCCUGCAUUUAUCAGCCAAUCAGGAUCCAGCUUCCUGCCCUCCCAUGAGCCUCCUCUGUAGGCUAGAUAUAUAGCCUCUAUUUGUGGCCAAUGUUAAAUCCAUUUACCUGUCAAUCGCUCAUAAACAUGACAUACAGCGCGGCUGUUUAUUCGAGGAGUGGGCAUUGUAUGCGUGUGUGUGCGUUUGAAAAGCAUUUUUCUGCCUCCAUUUGGCUUCACUCCCCCUUUGAAUCAUUUAGUGCAUAAUAGAAACAUUAAAAUGAGUAAGUGGCCAAAUUAUUUCUGUGGCAUAAAUAAUACUCGGACUGCCUCGGCCAAAUGGCUGCAGCCUUUGAAAGCUUCCUAGUCAGAGAGGAGUUUUCUCUCCACUCAGAUUUCUCCUUUUCUGAAAAACCAGGUGAUUUUUGGCGAGCUAAAAGUAAUUAAGCCGUGAGUGAUUAGUGGGAGCGCCAUCAUUGUUUAUCUUUGUCAACGGGAGAUGAACCAGUCAUCACAGAUCAGUGUUUUAAUUUCACACUCUGUCUGCUUAUUUACCUGGAAGCUUGUCAGGGUGACACUUAGGAGUAACAGAGUACUUCAUUUACCUUCCAUGUGGGGGGGGGGGAUCUCUCCGUCUCUGUCCUCCUCCCUCUGCCUGUCUGUCUUUUAACCGUCGUCUGUCCUUCCACGUAAUCAGCUCGGUUCUUAUCUUGACUGUUGUCAUGACUCAUCUCUUUACAACUGUUCUCCACUAGGUACGGCCAUGGUUUUGAGAUUUUCUGUCUGGCUUCAGAUGUUACCAGGUCUGUGGUGGCGUCUGCAUGUAAGGUAAGCAAGAAAAGAAAGAGGCCAGAGACUGUAUCCUAGUCUGGUCCCUCCCCUCUUCAGUGGAAGCAAUACAACUGGAACUCUAUAUAAAGAGGGUCAUCAGGUCCCAUCAUAGACUGUAUAUAGAAUGGACGCCGUCUGCCUCCUUGCUGAGAACAGCACCCUCUGGUGAUGGGCUGCAGUAUAGGUCAUAAAUCCCACCUCCUCCAGCAAUCAUUAUGGAGCUGUAGACAAACUUUAGAAAUUUAUUACACAGAAUAUACAUUUUCACCCCCCUGGUUGUGAUGUUGACAUGUAGUUAUUGUAAGACAAACGUUUAAGAUAGAGAUUAUAAAGUUACUGUCACUCUCUUUCCAGGCAUCCAAAGCAGAGCACGCAGCCAUCCUGCUGUGGAGCACAGCUUCGUGGCGUCAGCUGCAGUCCCUGCCCUGUCACACCCUCACAGUCACACAGAUGGCCUUCUCCCCUGAUGCACGACUCCUAUUAGCUGUUUCCAGGGAUCGCACCUGGUCCCUAUGGAGACGGGACCUGCCCACACCUGAAAGUCCAGGUGAGGUGCAAGAAGAUGUCACUAAUAAAGAGGAUCGCCCUUAAGGCUUAUUUAUGCGUUAACGUUACAUAGGGACCCGGACACAGACGGAGCUUGAAGCUUUCUGCCCGAAUCCUUAAAGGUUACGGAUAUGGGCCAUACAGAACAGUAUCACUGGAAACCGUGGGGGCGGUGUUGCUACUGUCACUACCCAAUACAUAUCUCUAGAGAGAAACAAAGAAGACAAUGGCAGGGCUUUCUGAGGAUCGUCGUAAUUUUCUCUCAUCGAUACAACUAGUAUUAGAAAUAUUUUACAGCAUCUUACUGCGAAAUUCAAUCAAGGGGGAUUUACUGAUCAUCAGCAAGUAUUAAACAUAGAAAUCUUUUUUUCUGAACCAGCACUGUGGGGAGCUGGUGUCUGUCUGUGAGGCUUAUUUAGCUGAACACCCAGAACCUUGAUGUGGAGCUCAUGGUGAGAACAAACCUACAGAAACUCUUACUUUGCACUAUCAAAGUCAAAAAUCAGCUUCAGAUCUGAUGUCGUUUGUACAAAACAAACAUCUGCCUGAAAAACUUCCCCACCAGGUGUGAUCUACCUGCUCUCUCUGUCAACUUUUUCUCCGUCUUUGAGCACAAGAAACAGAGUCAAACCGUGAUCAUGAUAAGACUUUUUUGAAGCCUAACUUAGAGGAUGCUCUGGACUAAAUCUAGUAGGCAAAACCUCUGUGUCCCUAAAAGCUCCGAGCUCAUGUGAGGAGAUUAGAGCUGCUUACAAAAUGGACUGAGAUGAGCACAGAUUCAAACACUGGAUUGAAAAUGUACACAAUGACACCACUUUGAUAAAGAGUAUUUAUCAAUAAUACUCUUAGACAGAUUAAAGUUAGUCUAAGUUAAAAAAGAAAUGAAGAAAUCAUAAACUGAUCAAGGCUGGACUCAAAUGUCUAAAUGAUCCUGCGGAGUUGUGUCCAUUUAAGCUGAACCUGUUGUGGUCAUUGAACCGCCUCUCUCUCGCUCUCUCUCUCUAAAAUCACAGUGUUAUUCUGCAGGAUUCACAUCUGACAGAAGUUAGCAUUGAAACACAAAUUUGACCUCCAUUUAAAUGUCUGCCAACUUGAAUUUGUUUGAAGUAAUAAAAAAGUAAAAAUUAGUGUCUUUGUGGAAGCAAUCUGACGCUGAGAAGGACAGAGUCCAUGUCCCCUCACAGAAAAACUCACAUCAGUUCAGUUGAGUUCAUCCCUUAAAACUGAAGUUUAUCAGGCUGCUCAAAAGUUUUUAUUCACAUAGUUUUUCACUCAAAACAUUCGGAGAGCCAAAUGAUGUCUUUUUUUAGAGAUGUAUUCACCUGUUUAUGUUUUUAGUUUUAAACUUUAACCAUUUCAUCUCAAGGAUCAAAUAAGGAGGAGAUGAGUGUGCAUGGACUGCACUCAGAUGAAGUAAAAUACAAUAUACUAACUAUAUUUAUCCCCACAUGGAAAUUCCUUUGUCUGGAGUCUCAAGUCCGAAUACUGUGGGUACAAAAGAUCUCCUAUAUCUAUCUGUCCUGCAGCAAAGAGACAGGAGCCAUCCACCAACAAGGAAUUUUGGUCAUUCAAGAUGUUUUGAAGUGGAUGAUCCAUGUUCCCCAGAAUAGCCUCCAGGUUCCUCAGUUUUCCAGUGUACAUCUAGAGAAAAUAAUUCUCCGUCCUCCAACCGUGAGGCAUUUAGUGGCCUGAACGACCGCCGCCCCCUCCAACGCUGCCUCCGUUUCUGUCUCUUAUGCGAAAUAUACAGUAUAACUAGCUCCUCCACAGUCGCCAUGUUUCUUUUUGUUUGUUGUUGUCAGAAACUUUUUACUCUGACCUGCCCCCUGGUGGAUGUAGUGGUUAACAUCCAUGCUAAUGUAAAGGACGCAUGAAAUUAUGUGGGCAGUCAUGGAACCAUCAUUUGAAACGUACACCUACAUUUAUAUCAUACGUAUGGGGAGCAUAAAUGAGCCUUACAAGGACCGUGUUUUCCUGCUGUCAGGACUCAGUUUUCUAAAGCAGGCGGGGAUCACAGUCCUCCACGGUGCCUCACAGAUAAAUCCAGAUUAAUUAAAAAUAGGUUUGACUGAAUUUCAAGACAAAGAGACAAUAUUUGAGCCUUACUGGCAGAUUGCACCAGAUCCCAACGUUCAAAUUAGUUUUAAAAAGAUAAACACACCGCGCUGAUUUGUUCCAAGUCAAGCCAGCCUGGGAGAAAGGAGUCCCCAAAUUAGCGCUGGGGACAGCCAAGCCAGUGAUGCGCUGACUGAAAGGAGUCCAAAAAAGGCUAAUAAAGAGAAGAUUAUUUCUUAAUUCAUUUUAUGAAAAUUAAAGACUUCUUUGCAUGUCUUAUUUUAACUUCUUUCUUACUUUGUUGGUUAAAAGACUGAUUCGAUCUCCUUUAGUUACUCUUGUUUUAAGAUUAUUGUGACGAUAACAGAUUCUUUUCUCUACUUUUCUGCCUCUGAACAUCACAGUACACCUAAGUCACACUGCUCACUAGAUUUCUUCUUCCACUUAGUUAAUGUUAAAGAGUUUGAUCAACAUGGGUCCAGAUCAGCUGUUAAUUACUGAAAAAGAAAGCACUGAUGUGAGAUCAGUGUUGUCCUGGGUGGGUAGAGAAAAUAAGAAGCAGACUCUGUGCAUCCUCACUGUGUGUGGGCCUCCUGCAGGGCCUCUGUUGUUGUAAACAGGAGCGUGCUCCUGCAGAGUUUGUUUAUAUAAGAGAAUCUCUGCACCUUGACUUGAACAAAUAACCCGAUCCUGCAUCCGAGGUGAGCAGAACACGACAUUUAAGCCCAGAGGAUUAUCUCCGCCCUGCACCUGGUUACGCGUCUUGUGGCUCUUUUUGGAGCUGGCCUUAAAUGACUCUGACAGAGGCUAACCAGCCCUGCUCUCUCCUCUCACUGUGUGUCUGUGUGUGGACUGUACCGAAACAGGGAGGGGGGUGUGCGAGGGAGGGGCAGGGGAGGAGUAGGGGGUCCCGUCUGUUCUGGUUGGCUGCUGAAUCACUCAAGGUGAUUGUGAGGAACACACACACACACACACACACACACACUGGCCAGACCGGAGAAGGUUAAAGGAAGUUGAAGCUGAUCAAACAAACUCACUCCCUCCAUCUUUUCCUCCUCUUUCUGUCCUAACCCUUUUGUCCCUUCCUCCUCCUCUUCUUCUUUCUCAUUAAGGAGACAUCGUUGUCUUCCUCGUCUUUGUCUGUCUUCUCUUUAUGCGCCUGUUGCAUCUUCUCCUCUUUAUUCCCUUCUUGGUCCAGAACCUUCCAGAUGAGUGUGAAAUAAACGUCUGUGUCCUGAACACCCCCCACCUUCAAAUCUGUGUUUGUGUGUUGGCAGUUUGUAGACACUGUGUUGUGAGCACACAGACAUGACAUGGUGGUUAACUCAGACUUUAGUGACUACACUGUGGUUUUAACGGCUGUGUGUACAUGCCGGUUCAGUUAUUUAUUUGUGUGUGUGGUUGUGUGUGUGUGUGUGCUGACGUGCAGACAGGCGGCUGCCAGCAGCAUACAAACAAGCUCUCAGGGGAAAACCAAUCUGGGCUCUGAAAUGACUUAGGCCGGGGAAAUAAACAGCAGCAGGUCAUAAAGCAAAACUGAGAGGAAUGAAGGGCUGGGAUGAGGCUCGCUGUCUUGUUUAUUUGUUGCUCAGGAGGGUCUUUGAGCAGCGGCGCGGGGCUCUCAACAUGCUGAAAUCAUGCAAUAAUAAUCAUGACAGAGUUUUGAAUUGUGGCUCAUCUGUCAUCUAAAAGAAGAGUCACUGUUCCCUGAAAGUCAAAUCUAACUCCAUAAUUUCACUACUGUACUCGAAUCAUUCAUGUAUGAUCUCUGUUUUUGUCUUGUUUGUUUGUUUGUUGUCUUGCAGAGCCGCAGUUCUCCCUCCACACACACACAGGGAAGGACACAGCCGUGCACACAAGAAUUAUCUGGUCAUGCGACUGGAGCUCAGACUGUAAAUACUUUGUGACAUCCAGUCGGGACAAGAAGGUAACUUUUUUCAUAGACAAAUUUCAUUAGAAACGACUCUUUGGAUGUGUUCUCUCAGUGUUGUUGUAGGGCAGGAGUUGGAGAAUGUUUCUGUCCUGUUUUUCUAUGAAGGAUAGACUAUGGACAAAUGGAACAAAAAUGACUAAAAUAUCUCUAUUAUUAUAUAUUAUUAUUAUUAUAUUACCUGUGUAGUAAUAUAUGUGUGUGUAUUUUUACAUCGAUGCCUUUUCUUUUUUGUUCUUGUCUCAUUCUUUUCCUUUCUUUCUAAGUAUUUUGAAAAAUGAAUGACUUAAUGAAAAGAAGGUUUAAAAGAAAAUUUCUCUUUUGAAUCUGUAUUUAUGCAGCUGUAAAUUUUGAAUUUCCCCCUGUGGGACAAUUAAAGGAAUAUCUUAUCUUAACUUCUGGGACAGUUGCAUUCCCAAAGUGAGCAUGCGCUCUUUUUCUUUUGUCUCUCAGUGAGAUUUUCUGUCUUUGCCUGUCUGUAGGUGAUCGUGUGGGGUCCGUGCAGACUGGACGACUCUGGGGACUCUGCGCCUCCUCCUGAGAUUAAACCAAGCUCCUCCAUCUUGGACGUGGGUGAUUCUGCUACAGCUGUGGCUUUCUGUCCUGUGCUCUGCUCUGAUAACAGGUAACACAAACACAAAGCGCCCUCAUGGUCACUCUUCACUCACAUGUGAUUGCUUUUUAGUGACAUGGUUUUUUUUUUAAACCUGAGGCAGUCAAAGACCAACUCCUGACUAAAAAUAGACUGAAGUUUUAAUAAAAGGGGAAAUAUUUGAUUAGAUGACCCUGAAAUGAAAUCAUUGUUAAGACAGCACUGAAAGCAGAUGUUGGACUAAAGAUGGGGAAAUUUUAAAGUGUCAAAACCAGCUGCUGGCCUAUCUCAGGUUGGUAGUGGAAUAACUUUGAAAUUAAUGUUGAAAGGGCAGGACAGUAGGAAGAUCAGGAAACAAGGGAGAGAGAGAGAGGGUGAGCAGUGAGUGACACGUGGGAAAGGAGCUGCAGGCCAGAGCCGGUCCCAGCUGCUCGUGCAAAGAUCACAACCCCCACAUAUUUGGGACGCACGCCUGGACUGCCAGGCCGGCGGCGCUCCAGUUUUGCACAGUUUUAAUGUUGCUUUUAGGCCGUUUCCUCAGAGUAUGAGCAUCUGAAAUGAACAGGGUCGGUCACUCGGUUUGCUCUGCUGUAAUACGUGUGUGUGUGUGUGUGUGUUUGAUGUCUUCUACAGCUACCUGCUUGCAGUGGGCCUGGAGAGCGGCAGGAUCUUGUUGUACAGGUGGAGUCCAGGUCAGGAUCCUGCAGGAGGACAAGACUGGAGCAGAUGUGGAGAAACAGACCUUUCGUAUCCUUUAAGACCACACACACACACACACACACACGCACACGCACACGCACACACACACACACACACACACACACACACACACACACACACAGUUAACCUGAGCCUCCAGUGUCCACCAGCAGCAGAUGACAGUUUGUCUCAGUUACACUGAAGCCUGGCGGCAGGUGAGAGUUUGGUUCCUGGUCUGUAAAGCGGGGCGGUUGCGGCGGGCUGUAUUUACUCAGAUUUGGACGGGUGUGUGUCUUUGAGAGAAGAGCGCGGGCAGGUACUCUUGUUUUUUGUUGUGAGGGUGUAUCCCAUGGGUGUGUGAGUCAUAAUCUGCAGAUCCCAGGAAGUGAAUUAAAAAUAGUUUAGUGUUUUUGUGAGAGAGGGCAUCUGCUCCUCAGGCCUCAGAGCUGCUCACGAUUACAUUUCAGGCGGAGUGAGUUUAGCUCUUCUGUGCAUUACUCAAAAUGUUUGCUCCCCCCUGCUGUGUGUGUCGUGAUCAGAAUGUUUCUUUUUGCACAUUUGAAUCAAAGGUAGGUGUCUACAUUUAGUCUGAUGUUUGUUCAGCAGCACAGAUUGCUGUCCUGUUUUGCCUUCAUCACACUCUCACUCAGACAAAGCCACUCUCUGGCAGUGAAGAGGCUCCGCUGGAGGCCCCGCGCUGGCCGAGCAUGUCGAGAGAACAUCAAGAAGGACAAGCAGACUGAGGGAGAGAGAGAAACCGAGGAGGAGAGCUCCUGGGUCCAGCUUGCCAGCGCCAGCGCCGACCACUCUGUCAAAAUCUUCAACAUCAACCGACAGGCGCUUUAGCACUACCAACACUGACACUAUUUUGUCUCCGUGACAUGAAGAGACUCUUGGACUGAGGGGCCACAGGCCGCUCCGUGGCUCUGAGGCCACAGCUGCUUGCUGGCAAGCCAUCCUCUUCCUGUGACAGCCAGUUAAGUCAUGGGUCAGUCUCAGGACAGACUCUCAGCUCUCAUGCCCCACAGUCUUUCUGAGCACAGCUGAAGUGAUGUGAAGGGUGGAGGAGGGAUACUGAAAACACCACGACCCCAGGGAGCGACUCUGCUUAGACACUUCAGAGUGUUUUAGAUUCAGAGAAGACAAGACUGCCGGACAUCUGCACACAUCACACAGUCAGAAUGGAUGUCCAAGUUGAUAAAUUCAUUCUGAAAGGAUGCUUUUCAGUAACAAAUCUGCUUUUCUCUCAUCACUCUAUCCUCUCUGCUUAUUUGGGAUGUUAAUAACUGCACAGAUUACAGUGUUCAUUUGUUUUAUUACCGUUUUAUUAAAUGUUUUCUAUAAUUAAACUGGACCGUAUUUGUUUCUGACCAAGUUCAUCAAUCACGGAGCAGUGUGUCUGAUGCUUUUUAUUUAAAGCUUUCUCUUUAUGUCAAAUGGCGCCCCCUGUGGACAAAGCACUCGACUGAUUUUGUCCUCUACAUACUCAAGUCGUGUAUUCCAAAAUAAAAUCUUCUGCUGCUUGCUAAA